AUGCCUCUCUUCUCGUACCUCCUAAUUUCACUAGCGUCGGAUCGCGACACCCACAAUGGAGGCAAUGACAAUGCCUUAAUCCUAGAGUUGGGACGCUUUCUCACCCGACUUGCGCAUCGUCCAUUGCGCCAUCCAUCAUCACCCGAGGUGAUGAGCUGUGAUGAUUUGCACCUGCAUGUGAAAGUCGUGCUGUCACUUUACCCAGUUCUAUGGAUGCCAUUUCGCGCCUACCCCAAUUGUCGAACUCGGAUUCGUACUUGUCUGGCAACACGCUUUUUUGUGACCAAAUGUGAGCGCUAA